AUGAGGAAAGAAGCGGUGGGGGUGGCGGUGAUAGGUGCGGCGGCGGUGUGUGUGGCGGCGGCGGUGGUGGUUCGACAAAGGAUGAAGAGUACAAGAAAGUGGAGUCGUGUAAUGGCUAUACUUAAGGAGCUUGAUGACAAGUGUGGGACCCCUUUGGGUAAGCUUAGACAGGUUGCUGAUGCUAUGACUGUUGAGAUGCAUGCUGGUCUUGCAUCUGAAGGUGGUUCUAAGCUUAAGAUGCUCAUCAGCUAUGUUGAUAAUCUUCCUACCGGGGACGAGCAUGGAUUAUUUUAUGCAUUAGAUCUUGGUGGCACCAACUUCCGAGUGCUUCGAGUGAAGUUGGGUGGCAAAGAACAUCGUGUUGUCCAACAAGAAUUUGACGAAGUUUCAAUCCCACCUGAGUUGAUGGUUGGGACAUCAGAACAACUGUUUGACUACAUAGCUGAGGCCCUUGCUAAAUUUGUUGCAACGGAAGGUGAAGGCCUACAUCCUGAACCCAAUAAGCAGAGAGAGUUGGGAUUUACCUUCUCUUUUCCAGUAAAGCAGACAUCGAUUGCAUCAGGGACCCUUAUAAGAUGGACCAAGGGUUUUAAAAUAGAAGAUGCGGUUGGUGAAGAUGUGGUGGCAGAAUUAACCAAAGCCAUGCAAAGAAAGGGUGUAGAUAUGCGUGUGACAGCUUUGGUCAAUGAUACAGUUGGAACCUUAGCUGGAGGUAGAUACCAUAAAGAAGAUGUGAUUGCUGCUGUUAUAUUGGGUACUGGAACAAAUGCAGCUUAUGUUGAACGUGCUAGUGCAAUUCCCAAGUGGCAUGGCUCUUUGCCCAAAUCAGGGGAGAUGGUUAUUAACAUGGAGUGGGGCAAUUUCCGUUCAUCACAUUUGCCUUUGACCGAAUAUGACAUAGCACUAGAUGAAGAAAGUUUGAAUCCUGGUGAACAGAUAUAUGAGAAAUUGAUAUCUGGAAUGUACUUGGGGGAGAUUGUGCGAAGAGUCUUGUAUAGGAUGGCAGAUGAGGCCGGCCUUUUUGGUGAUACAGUCCCACCAAAAUUGAGUACUCCAUUCAUCUUAAGGACACCAGACAUGUCCGCCAUGCAUCAUGAUACAUCCCCUGAUCUUAAAGUUGUUGCAAGCAAACUGAAGGACGUCCUAGGGAUACCAAGUUCAUCAUUGAAGGUGAGAAAGAUUAUAGUUGAUGUUUGUGACGUCAUUGCUUCUCGUGGGGCCUGCCUUUCUGCAGCUGGGAUUUUGGGAAUUAUUAAGAAACUAGGGAGAGACACAUUGAAGCAAGGUGAAAAUCAGAAGUCUGUGAUUGCAUUAGACGGAGGGUUGUUUGAGCACUACGCCAAAUUCCGGGAGUGCAUGGAGGACUCUUUAAAGGAGCUACUAGGUGAUGAAGUCGCUGAAACAGUUGUAGUUGAGCACUCAAAUGAUGGAUCAGGCAUUGGGGCUGCCCUUCUGGCAGCGUCCCAUUCCCAAUACCUUGAGGAGGAAUAAGGGUGUUGAUGGGGCAGCUUUAGGUACUAAGAAAUGCCACAAAUGAUCUUAUAUACUCAAUUUUGUACAACUUUUGCUUCGUAAUACUUUCUCAAGCUCUUAGAUCUUAGAGAUCGUGGCAAUUUGUGUUUUUAGACUUUGCUGCCCCUGUGAAGAAUAAAAUCUGGCAAAAUGGGCUCUGCUUGCUGCAUGAAAAAAAUGGCAUGAAGCUCACUGUUCUGCCCUUUUCUGAGGGUUGUACAUUUCAAAUCUGGGUCAAGUGUUGCUAUUUUCGAGAUUUGGCCUGAAAAUGUCGUCCUGGCCAUAGUGCAAAGAAGGGCAAAUAAGAUCUCUGUCAUUUUUCUCUGUAGCUGCAAUUCAGCAGGAAACUUUUCUUGCUCCCAAUUGAUAUUUGUUAGCUUUAAUUAGCUUUGUCAAAGCUCUAUAGAGUUGAGCCUUGAUCAUAUUUACUCAUUGUCACUUGUUUAAAACCUGUAUUAAUGUGCAGGUGUCAAAAAUUUAAGUGCAAUAAAAAUGAAAUUGAUUAUUAUUG